AUGUCUGGUGUUCUUCUUUGGGUGAAUUGUGGACUCAAAGAGAAUGCCAUUUCCUUAAUGGGUCUUGGAGGAAGAGAUGUGAGAACUCAAAGGAGGUUUAGACAUUGUUCUGGAAUUAGCUUUGCUUGUUUUUCAAGUGCAGUUGUUGAACCUACAAGAUCCUCAGAGGAGAGAGUGUAUGAAGUGGUGUUGAAGCAAGCAGCUUUAGUGAAGGAACAAAGAAAAGAUAUUAAAAAGAGAGGUUUGAAUUUGGAUGAUAAGCCUAUUGAAGGUGAUUUCACCAAUGGGGAACUUUUGAGUUCUGCUUAUGAUAGAUGUGGUGAUGUAUGUGCUGAGUAUGCCAAGACAUUUUACUUAGGCACACAAUUGAUGACUCAAGAGAGAAGAAAAGCCAUAUGGGCCAUUUACGUGUGGUGCAGAAGAACAGAUGAGUUAGUGGAUGGUCCUAAUGCUUCACACAUCACACCAAAGGCUUUGGACAGAUGGGAACAAAGAUUAACUGAUGUUUUUGAAGGACGUCCUUAUGAUAUGUAUGAUGCUGCACUUUCAGAUACAGUCACAAAGUACCCUGUUGAUAUACAGCCAUUUAAAGACAUGAUUGAAGGGAUGAGGCUGGACCUGAGAAAAUCAAGAUACAAUAACUUUGAUGAACUAUACCUAUAUUGCUACUAUGUUGCUGGGACUGUGGGCCUUAUGAGUGUUCCUGUAAUGGGCAUAGAACCACAAUCAAAAGCUUCAACUGAAAGCAUCUACAAUGCUGCAUUGGCACUUGGCAUUGCUAAUCAACUUACCAACAUACUUAGAGACGUUGGAGAAGAUGCUAGAAGAGGAAGAGUUUACCUUCCACAAGAUGAAUUGGCACAAGCUGGCCUAUCAGAUGAUGACAUUUUUAGAGGCCGAGUAACGGACAAGUGGCGUAAUUUCAUGAAGGGUCAAAUAAAGAGAGCAAGAAUGUUUUUUGAUGAAGCAGAGAAGGGAGUUUCAGAGCUCAGUUCAGCUAGUAGAUGGCCUGUUUGGGCAUCUUUGCUGUUGUAUAGGCAGAUAUUAGAUUCUAUUGAAGCUAAUGACUACAAUAACUUCACUAAACGGGCUUAUGUAGGAAAGGCUAAAAAGCUCUUAUCACUUCCUGUUGCUUUUGGAAUAGCAACUUUUGGCCCACAAAAGUUGGCCAAAAUGACUACAAGAUGAACAUGAGAUUGAGCUACAAAAGCAUUGAAUAGUUUGGUAUGAUCUUGAAAAUUUAGUAUCCUAGAAAUCAGAAUGGUAAAAAUAUCAUGUAUAUUUUUUUUAGUUUAAUAAUUGUAUACAUCUCAACCUCAAGUUUAGUAAUAUUGAAGAGGAAUUCAUUCAUUGUCUAUUGUCUAUUUCUGAGA